AUGGGCAAGGGAAAGGGGAUGACUGGAGAUGCCAAUAAAGAGCCUCUGGGUUCUCGUACCAAAAUUCCAACUCAUAAUUCCAGUCCAAUCAAGCAGGAAAAGAACGAUGAGGACCUUCCUCACUUUCGUGCCGAAGGCUUGUCUGACAUAUUUGGAUCGAUCAAGCAAGAAGGGGACAAUGAGUAUAGUUUCCGUUCCCGCUCCCCAUUGGAAACUCAUCAGCCCGCCUGUCGUAAACGCUCUCGGUCCCGCUCUAGAAGCCCUGACGUCCACUAUCGUUCCGUUCCCAGAACCCGCCGGUAUUACAAUCACUAUCGACCGCGUUCCAGAAGCCCCAAAAGCUCCUAUAUCAGUCAAAGCCCGCACAAGUCUCGUCAGUCCCGCCGCUCUAAUUCCUCUAUUUCGGCCCAGAAGAUAUCAACCUCCAGUUCCUAUAGAUCUCGAUCUCCAUAUCAUAGAGACCAAGACACUCGAAACGGCUCCUACUAUGAAAAAUCUUCUCGAAGAGGCUCUUCUGCUAAUGUUGGCGCUUCAAGAGGUUCUUUUUUCAGACCGUCUCCUCACAGAGAUACUCCUACGGAUCGGGGCGUUCAAAAUAGUGAUUACUAUAGACCAUCAUAUUCCAUCCGAGAUGCGAGUAUGUUUUCUGAGUACAAAAGCCGAACCCUUUCUCUUGCAUCAACUUAUAUUCUUAGAAAAUCACUAGAUGACGAAGAGACACUGACGACAGAGUCGUGGACGAAAUCUUCCAGUCGCAAGCACCGAGAAUUUGUGGAACCUGCCUACAAAUCUCUUGAGCGUUCAAGCCCAAUUGAAGAAUCAUGGGUGGAAAUUGCUAGUCGUAAGCAUAAAGAAUCAAUGGCAAUUAAAGCAGCUAACAAAACCACUUCGAAUCAUAUUCCGCUCGCUACUUCCGUAGGAGAAUCCAAACCCCUUAAGCAAACAAUAACUUUGGAACAAUCGGCGUCAGUGUCAAAAGAUACCCCCGUCAGCCCCGUCACAGAUGUGAGAUCAUUGUUGGUUAAGAGAAAAAAGCAGAGCAAAGCGGAGGGCUUGGAUAUCCAGCACCAAAUAUCCUCCCUCUUGUACUCUCGCAUGAGAAAACCUCGACAAAUACCACCGACUGAAUCUAAGAUGAAAGUCACGACCGAUGUGGAGAAAGAUGUUGGCUUUGCAAAAUCAUUCGAAUCAUCUGCGCAGCAUUCAAGCACUCCUCCAUUGCCCAUAACAUCACAAGAAAUGCACUCACAAAGCGAAGCCCUUUUAUCUGCUUCAGACCAAGGCAUACACCCAGAGAGACAAGACUUCCUCAAUGAUUCCCCUAUGCUUGUCCCAUCUAGCCAGCGCUCAAGCAUCUCUUCAAAAUCUACGUUUGUAACGGUACAGGACAUUGACCCACCAAGCGAGAUUAAUUUGCCGGCUCUCAAUCAAGGCAUGCAUCUAGAGAGACAAUUUCUUCUCCAAACUUCCCCUUUGCCAAAUGAAUCUCCUGAACACUUACAUCUACAGGCUGAAUUCCGUCUUACCAAUUCCCCUCCAAAGAUUAAAAUUGACACACAAACCUUGCAAUCGAAGAUUCAAGAAAUUCGUCGUGUAUUCUCCUCUGACGAGAAACCCAGACCAAUUCCAAGCAUCAUGAAUGAGCUACCAUUUACCGAUGACCCCUUCGAAUCAGACCAAUAUGCUGUCGAGCCAGUGAUUCCUACUCACUGGCAGGACUAA